AUGUCGACAACGAUGCGACCGACGUUGCAGACUGUGCCCGAAUCCUUACCGGCAGACCAUGUGACGUCGUCAGCAGCCCCUGCUACGACGACCGCCGCUGCACCGACUCAACCCAGACAUCCUCGUCCCAUCUUUAAGGCUAAAUCAAAUAAACCUUUUAUAACAGAAGAAGGUGAGCACCCUUCUACGGCGUUGAACAAGCGAUACCCAGAUCACAUCGAUAUUAUUUUGUCUAGACAGGCUAAUGGAUGGUUCGUGCAAAAUCCACGUUCACGUGAAACUCUUACUAUUUAUAAGUUAAAAUCUGCUUACGUAACCCCCGCAGGCCGAUUGGUAAUGUUUAUGUGCAUCCUGUGCAAAUUUACACUAAAGCUGACUCAAUAA